UCUCAAGAAAUCAUCAGUGCACGUGUGUAGAUCUGUUAUUCUUGGCCAACCACAGUGAAGGGGUUCAGUUCAGGAUGCAUGAUCUUGAUAGAGUUUUAGAGGAGGGGGAUGCUUUGUAUGUUGGUGUUAAAAUGCAGCUUAUGCAUGAACAAAGAUUUCUUCAGGACCAUCUGGCUAUGGAGGACAUACCCCUGAGCAUUUCAACAUUCACCCAAACAUACCAUGUGCAGAAGUUUGAAAUCAAGAUGGGAUACCUCAGAGCAAGAGGGACCCCUGGCACAGAAGAAUGGUUUAUUCCUCUUGCUGAAAGACUGCAAUGUCUUUCAACAGAGUUUAGUCAUGCGCUGCUGCUUAUUUCUCUGGAAUGCCUUGCUGUGUUCAGAGACAGAUCUGGAAGAUAUGGAUUUUUUGAUUCACACUCAAGGACUGCCACAGGUUUGCGCCAUCCAACUGGUGAUGGAACUGCUGUCAUGUUAACUUUUACCCACCUAAGUGACAUGAUAGACAGAAUUCUCAGGAUCUUCCAGGAUCACGCUGAUAAUGCCAGCUAUGAAUUUAUGCCUGUGGCAUUUGAAAUGGAGCAGCACUCUGUCUCACAAAUAAAUUUGUCUCUUCCAAUACCAGGAAAUAUUGUUAAACCCAAAAGCCCAGAAAUGAACGUUGUUAAAGAAGAUGAAAACCAACAGGUGAUAAAAACAAGCAAGCAGCGCAGAAGAAAAGAAAAGAGGAAAAUAGCUGCACAUCAGAGACAACAAUCAGAACCUAAGGACAAAACCACAUUUCAAAGAGGAAGAAAAGAAAAAAAGAGGAGAUAUGAAAUAGAGCGAUAUGCAAGCUGUUUAAAGUUUCAAAUAAAGAAAAACACCACCAAAAAACAGCGAUAUAAUCAAGAUCCACAAUUCAGGAAGAAAAUCCAACACCACAUGACUAGGAAGUACAACACAAGUGACAUUGCUCGGACAAAGAAGAAAGAGUACAUGGUCAGGAGGUACCAAACCAGUGUUCUUUUCCAGUCAAAGCAGAAAGAGUACAUGGCAAAACGGUACACCACAGAUGCAUCUGUCCAAUCAAAGCAGAAAGACUACAUGGUAAGGAGGUACAGCACGGACACUGACUUCCAAAAGAAGAUGAAAGAGUACAUGGUAAGGAGGUACAGCACGGACACUGACUUCCAAAAGAAGAUGAAAGAGUACAUGGUAAGGAGGUACAGCACGGACACUGACUUCCAAAAGAAGAUGAAAGAGUACAUGGUCAGGAGGUACAGCACGGAUACUGUCUUCCAAAAGAAGAUGAAAACGUACAUGCUGAGGAGGUACACCACGGAUACUGACUUCCAAAAGAAGAUGAAAGAGUACAUGGUGAGGAGGUACAGUACGGAUACUGUCUUCCAAAAGAAGAUGAAAGAGUACAUGGUGAAGAGAUAUAGAGAUGACCCAGAGUUUAGAGCACAUCACAUGCUACAUUGUACCUUGUACAAAACACAGAAACGUGUCAAUGAUGUUGCAUACCACAUAUUUCAUAAGUUGCAAUGUGCACUCCGGAUCAAAAAGAAAUAUCAGCCAUACAUCAGUUCCAGAAAGGAAACACCACAACCUUUGGUCAACAAAGUAAUGCAAUGUGCCAUAGAUGCAUUCAGAUGUAACAUUCAACAUGGUCCCACACAUGUCUGCACAGUCUGUCACAGAGCUAUGUUUCCAAAUCAAGUCAGGCUCUGUAAUAGAAGUUGUUACAUUAAAAAUCCACAUAUAGCCAUAUCUUGCUUAACCAAGCAAUAUGUUCAUGCUUGUGACAGUAGCUGCAGUGUUCCUUGUGCAGUUCCAGAACAAAGAAGACGGGAAUGGAUUUGCCACACUUGCGACAGCCAUCUUAAGAGAGGAAAUGUGCCUUCAGUUGCAGUGGCAAACAAACUUGAAUUGGCACACAUCCCUGCAGAAUUACUGGAAUUGAAUGUGCUUGAACGUCAGCUUAUUGCCAAAAUUGUACCGUUUGCAAAAAUUAUUGCACUGCCCAAAGGUCAACAAAGAGCGGUGCAAGGUGCGGUUGUGUGUGUGCCUUCUGAUAUGGAGAAGACGGUCAACUGUCUGCCAAGACCUAGUAGUGAGUCCCAGUUACUACAGGUAAAGCUUAAAAGACACAUCAAGUUUAAAGGAUACCAGCACUUCCAUACUGUGAAUAUGCACAACGUGCUAGCAGCUUUAUUAAAACUAAAAGAGAUACACUCAGAAUACAAAGAUAUCUCUAUAAGCGAAACUGCAUUGUUUGAAAGUGACAUUGAUGGGGAAGUUGAUGAUACAGAACAAGAAGAAGAAGAACUUGGUGUUGCUGAAGAGGAGGAGCGACAUGUGAGUGUAGAGGAACAGGAUGAACUUAGACCAGGCCUCACUCUGGACACAUGUAUGCAGCCACCUGACAUCGGCCAGGAGAUUUUAUCAUAUGGCGAGGGAAUAUUCAGCAUUGCACCUGCUCAGGGAAAAAAACCUGUUGGAUUUUUCAAAAUCCCAAAGCUGGAGGCCAUGGCGUUCCCUGUUCAGUUCCCUACUGGACAUAACACAAUUGAUGAGGCAAGAGAAAAAGCAUUGUCACCAAGUAUGUAUUUCAAUGCGAGAUUGUUCUCUGUGGAUACACGGUUUGCAAGAGACCAGAGUUACCUUUUCUUUGCACAGUUUGCGACAGAAACACAUCUGGCCAGGAACAGCAUGACUGUCCAGUUGCGGAAAGGCAAACCUAUAACAAGAGAUGGCAGAAGAAUUUCCAACAGGUUGCUUCAAGAUAACCAUGAGGUUGAAAGACUGGUGCACAACAAAGAUGCCACACGGUUCAUGCAACCCCUGAGAGGUUCGCCAUCUUACUGGGAGAAAACACUAAGAGAUCUACAAGCCAUGAUCAGGCAGUUGGGAACACCAACUUUCUUUUGCACAUUCAGUGCGGCCGAAAUGCGAUGGCCUGAAGUAAUUACGGCAAUCAAGGCUCAGCAAGGGGAAGACGUCGUUUUUUCAGAGCUUGACUGGAUGACAAAAUGUGAAAUCCUUCGAAGUAACCCUGUUACUGUCAUGCGGAUGUUUGAGAAACGAGUGGAUGCGCUAAUGACUCACCUGCUUUUGUCACCUGCCCAACCCAUUGGUAAGGUUGAAGAUUACUUUUACAGAGUUGAGUUUCAAGCAAGAGGAAGCCCACAUAUACAUCUGCUUGCAUGGGUAAAGGAUGCACCCGAGUUCGAAAGUGAUUCUGAUGAAGUUGUUUGUGGCUUUAUUGAUCGCUACAUAACAUGCAGGCUCCCUGAUUCCACGACUGAUCCUGAACUUCAUCAGAUUGUUACAGAGGUUCAGCUUCACAGCAGAAAACACUCAAAGUCAUGCAAGAAAGGAAAUGUGUUGUGUAGGUUUGGGUUCCCUAAAUUACCAAUGUCUGACACCACAAUAACUCGUCCACGACCACAGCGACCUGAAGAAGAGGAAACUGAAGAGGAUAGCCAUCAAGACAGAAGAAGCUCAAGGUCAGAUGCUGUUCGAAAAGCAAUGAGUGAUGCUAGGACGAAACUCAAACCUUUGUGGGAUUUGCUGAAUGAUCCCCAAGCCACCUUUGAAAACUUGCCUGAACUACUGUCAAAAUGUAAUUUGUCCAUGGAGGAUUACAUGAAGUACACCAGGGAGUUGUCCACUUCAAGUGUGAUCUUGCUAAAGCGUGAUCCAAAGGAGGUUUGGGUGAAUGGAUACAAUCCAGAUUUGCUGAGGGCAUGGAAUGCUAACAUGGACAUUCAGUAUAUACUUGACCCUUACAGUUGCAUCAUGUAUAUGUUGUCCUACAUUUCCAAGCCAGAGCAUGAAAUGAACGAGAUGCUGAAGAACGUGAUCAAAGCAGUGCGUGAAACAGAUGUGAACGAAGAGGAUGAAAUGAAGCACAUUAUGCAAGCCUAUUCGAAGCACAGACAAGUGAGCUCGCAGGAGUCUGUUGCACGAACGUGCAGCCUACCAAUGAAGAAGUGUUCGCGAAGUGUUGUGUUUAUACCAACGGAUGACGAUGCUCUGAAGAUGAGUCUGCCCCUUAGUGUCCUACUGCACAAAAAUCCAGAUUCAGAGGAUGUUUGGAUGUCGGGAAUAAUAGAUAAAUACAGAGCAAGGCCUCAAACACCGGAGUUUGAAAAGAUAUGUCUGGCAGACUUUGUGUCAAAUUACCGCAUUGUGUACGGUCAGCAAACUAAGGGAAAGAAUGUACAACGUCUGCUCAAUGAUAUGGGAUUUGUUCAGAAAAGAUCUGUCGGUAAGGCUGCCGUUAUUCGAUAUGCACGGUUUUCGGAGGAGAAACAAACGGAAAAGUUUUACGGAAGAUUAGUGAAACUUUAUGUGCCACAUCGUUUCAAUGCCCAGCUAAAACCUCCAACAUUUCCAACGUAUGAGCAGUUUUACAAAAGUGCAUUUGUGGAACUUCCUUCCCACCCUGGUGUCCGAAUGCCUGUAUGCGCAAUAGUGAAAGCACACCAGGAGAAAUUCGAAAAACACAGUGAAGAAGUGGACAAAGCAAUUGAACAGUUGCAGCAACAAGGCCCAUCUGAGAAUGCUUGGACAGCUUUUGCCCCUGAAGCUGAAGUGGAUAAUUUGGAGUGCAUUGCAGAACGAGAAGAUGUCAAUCAUGAUGAAGAGGAUGAGCAAGAUGAUGUACCGGAAUACCAGAUUCUUCUUGAAGAUGGAGAUGGAGUCGUUCCUCGGAUAAAGGCACCACAGAUGAGUGUUGAAUUUGUCAGGAAGAUGUUUCAAAGUCUAAAUGAGACACAGGCAGCAAUAUUCUACAUUGUCCGUCAGUGGUGUCAGAAGCGUGUCUGGGGUCAUAAUCCGGAACAGUUUUUUUACUUCGUGUCAGGUGGUGCUGGUUGUGGAAAAUCACAUGUCAUUAAGUGCAUAUAUACGGAAGCAACCAAGAUUCUAAGACAACUGCCUCGACUUCAGGAGGAAGGGGAUCUCUCUGUGCCUACAGUGAUUUUGAGUGCAUUUACAGGAACAGCAGCAUUCAAUAUAUCUGGUAAAACACUGCAUUCCAUUUUAAAACUGCCAAGGAACUUAAAGCCACCUUAUCAAGGACUUGGAAAUGCUCUAGAUGAAGUACGAGCAGAAUUAUGCAGUGUGGAAAUUCUCAUCAUUGAUGAAGUGUCCAUGAUUUCGAAGGAUCUUUUCGCCUAUGUAAACUGGAGACUUCAACAGAUCAGAGGCAGCAAGAAAGCAUUUGGAGGAAUCUCUGUUCUCGCUGUAGGAGACUUUUUCCAACUACCACCUCUCGGUAAAGCCAAACCGCUCUGUGUGUAUGAAGAUGAUGUUCUGGACUUCUGGAAGGACAGUUUUCAAAUAAUUACCCUUACAGAGAUCAUGCGUCAAAAGGAGGACCUUGCCUUUGCUGAGCUUUUAAAUCGACUGCGAGUGAGGCAGAAGACUGAUGUUCUUAGAGAAGAAGACCGAGUUCUGUUACUCCAAGCUGUAAAGAACCCAGAAGACUGCCCUCAUGAUGCUCUGCACAUAUUUGCAACCAACAAGGAAGUUCACAUGCACAAUACUAAAACAAUACAGGCUAUUCACACUGACAUCAUAACCAUUGAUGCCGAAGACUACAGGAAAGACCCAAGAACAGGAGUGAUGAAAAGACAAAAGAAACCUGUCACUGGAAAGAAGGAUGACUUGCUGGAUUCUAUACAAGUUGCAGUGGGAGCUCGUAUAAUGGUGACAAGGAAUCUGGAUGUUGAAGAUGGAAUUGUAAAUGGAUGUUUUGGUCAGAUUGUUAACAUUGUCACUAAAACAAGAGAUGGAAUCGCCACUGUACACAUGCUAGGACUUCAGCUCGACAAUCCAAAUGCAGGUCUGAAACACCGCAGAAGAGUGCAAGGUGAAGACGACAACUCUGUAUAUAUUGAGAGAUCUGAAGAAAGUCUGAGGAAAGGAACAGUUCGUCGUCAAUUUCCCAUCAAGCUCGCUUAUGCCUGCACAGCUCACAAAGUUCAAGGUAUGACAAUGCAGUCUGCCGUAGUGUCACUGAAAAAGAUUUUCGAACCUGGAAUGGCCUACGUUGCCCUCAGCCGAACGACGUCGCUUUCUGGAUUACAUAUUACAGACUUCAUUGAAAAGAAGAUUUAUGCUGAUCCUGAAAUCACAGCAUCAUUGCAGAACAUGAGAAAAGUGACAUUCGAAGGAAUCAUGCCACUUUUGCAACACACAAGGGAAAUCAACCAGGACCAAACACUUAAAAUAGUUCACCACAACACGGAAGGACUGUCAUCUCACAUCGAGGAUAUCAGAUGCCAUCAUGAGCUACUUUUAUCGGAUAUUCUUUGCAUAACGGAAAGUCACUUGUCUGGCUCAUGUAUUCCACCACAUCUCCAGUUGGAAGGAUACAAGAUGUUUGCACGGAAUAGACAUGUCUCCUACUCAACCCAUGUAGAAAUGGCAAAGAAAGACGGCGGUGGAGUUGCAAUAUUUUGCAAAGAAGAUAUUCAAGCUCAGUCCAGACAGUACAUCCAAAGUGUCACAGACCUGGAGUUUGUUGUCAUCAAAAUCGACACUCCAAUGUGUGCAACAAUUGCUGCAGUGUACAGGCCACCACACUACAGUCUUGAAAAAUUCUUGCCAAAUUUAAGAGGCCUACUUGAUUAUCUGGACAUCGAAGACAAACAUCCUGUAAUCAUCAGUGGAGACUUUAAUGAGGACCUCUUAUCUGCUGGAAGAAAGGCUAUACUGGAGAUGUUUCAAUCCAAGGGAUAUACACAGCUAAUCACAUCAGCUACAACUGAGAAGCACACACUACUGGAUCACAUAUACAUCUCACAUCCGGACUUGUGUCUUCAGUCAGGUGUGUUACAGAGCUAUUACAGUUACCACAAUCCUGUGUACUGUAUAUUGCGAAAAUGACAUUCUGUGGUUGGCCAAUAUUGUCGUGUUUUAUGCCAUAAGGAAUCGUGGACUACGCAUUAACUUUCUUCAGGCUCUGUGGUGCUGGACGUGCAUAAUGUGGUGGUUAUGAUUGUGGUGUUUUGACAGACGGAAUCAUGGGCAAUAAGUAUAACAGUUGCAAUAGGGCUCUGACAGCCUUAGCCAAUGGGUUAACUCGAAUGGUUGUGCACUAAUUGUUGUGUUGUUAUGCCAUACGAAACCGGGGGCCACUGAACCUGCAUUAACGACGACAGUGGGGGCUCACUGACAGCCUUAGCCAACGGGUUGGUGCGUAUGGUCGCGUUGUUUUGUUGUCUUGCGUUGUGUUGACAUGCCAUACAAAACCGGGGGCCACUGAACCUGCAUUAACGACGACAGUGGGGGCUCACUGACAGCCUUAGCCAACGGGUUGGUGCGUAUGGUCGUGUUGUUUUGUUGUCUUGCAUUGUGUUAUCAUGCCAUACAAAACCGGGGGCCACUGAACCUGCAUUAACGACGACAGUGGGGGCUCACUGACAGCCUUAGCCAACGGGUUGGUGCGUAUGGUCGUGUUGUUUUGUUGUCUUGCAUUGUGUUAUCAUGCCAUACAAAACCGGGGGCCACUGAACCUGCAUUAACGACGACAGUGGGGGCUCACUGACAGCCUUAGCCAACGGGUUGGUGCGUAUGGUCGUGUUGCAAUGAGAUUGUGGCAUCUAUGGUCAUUUAACAGUGUUAUGGCAGUGAGCUACAAAGCAGGUACAGCAGCAGGAAGGAUGAAGGAGUAAUGUGGCAGCUCGAGGGAGGACACUAGGAAGUAAAGGCGGCGGCAGCAGCAUACAGGAUGCAGUGAGGAUUAGUGUGGCAACUCCAGGGAGGACACAGACAGUGAGAGCAACAGCGGCAUUGCAGGAAGAAUUUUGAGACAAUAGCAGUCCUGUCCAACAAUGGAUAUGAGAAGCGCCAGGUCAGAAUGUCUGAGAAGAUCAAGUGUGCUACAACACCGAUAAUGACAAGCUGGAUACAUUGGAAAGCUGGAUUUCUUUUAAUAAUGUGACCAAACCCAUUUGGCAUUUAGGACAAUACUGAAGACUAAAGAACCAAAUGAAGAACCACAUUGAAGCAGUAGAGGGUGUCCAGCCUGUAUGCAAUGUCAGAUCCAGCGGAGAGAUGUCGGGAGCUGCUUCACUACACCGCUCAUUGCAUUAAUUAAUUUCAUUUUAUUUAAAAUUUAGUUUUAUCAUAUUAAAUAAUUGGUUUCUAUAUAUAGAUAUAGAUAUAUAGAUAUUAAAAUCUAAAAUAUUAGUUUAAUAUAAUAAUUGGUUUCAAUAUAUAGAUAUAGAUAUAUAGAUAUUAAAAUCUAAAAUAUUAGUUUAAUAUAAUAAUUGGUUUCAGUAUAUAGAUAUAGAUAUAUAGAUAUUAAAAUAUAAAAUAUUAGUUUAAUAUAAUACUUGGU